GUAUCAAUGUCUCCGUGUUGACCGAACUACCCCUGUUUGUGCGGUAUAAUUCCAUGGGAACGAGUCUGGUAAUCGAAGUACUUUCCGAAGUCGCUGUUCGUUCAUCCGUCGACGAGACGUUACUGAUGUGCCUUUGCGUUUAAAUGACGAUUCUAUCCUCUCUGGCCGGUCUCAUUUACUGUAUGGCCCGUGAAGCCGUGGCUCCGCUCGCCGAUCCCCGAACAUCGUUUUCAGCACUCGCUUGUCUUGUCAAGUUGACGAAAAUGCCCCCGCAUGACGUGGAUCUCCGAUCGGCGGCCGGUGAGUCACCGUCCGCGUCCGAUACGAACGAGUAUUUAAUUUUUCGUGUUUUGCUUAGAUUUUAUUUGGACCGAAUUGCCCUUAUUGUGGCGGGGAAAUUACAGUCACGUGAGGGUCAGCUGAAGGGGGAUAAGGCGAUCACGUUUUCUUCUAGCCUCCUUUUCCGGUCGCCUGUCAUUCUCUCUCGGCUUCGCCUCCAGGAAAGCCAGGGGUCAUGUAUUUCUCAAUUUGACCGAAAUGCCCUCCGUUGUCUCAGAUUAGGUCGUAUUUCUUUAAAUAUUUUUAUUAUUGUAUUUUUUUUUAACAAAAAGAAUGUUUUCUCAACUGUGUUAACCUUCCGAUAGAAAAGGAUACAAAGUUCCAGCCUCCAAUUUUGUCAAAUAGUGAAACGAAAAGUUAUCGAGGUGGGGGAUUGGUAAGAGUGAGAAAUCAGGAAGCUUCCCAAAUCCCCUGUACAUGCCUCCUUUGCCCUUAUAAGAAUCGGACGAAAAUGACCUCAACGUAAUUCUGCCUCCCCAGGGAGGGUAUCUUGGUCCUUACAUACACAGGGUGCUGUUAGAUGUGGACCCAACUAGCAUCGCUUGGCCCUUGGUAUUUCGGUGAGGGGGUCUGGGUGUGUCGGUCUAUCUCUACGUAUUAAUUUUCUCUACGUAUUAAUUUUAUAUGUUUGUGGGGUGCGUGCAGGUUACAUUCAUUUUGACCUUUCAGCGCCUUUUCUUUUUUAUGCUUUUGUUUUCUAGCUUUUACUGCUAGAUAAUGGAAGUGUUCGGCUCUGGGUCCUUUUAUACCGGGCGGACCUGAAUGUACACGUGUAGCGCAGCCGCCUCGUGGAACCAGGACGAGCGGUGGCCGUCGGAUUUUAGUCAAAAAGCGUAGGAGGGAAUCGACGGUGCUCAUGGUGUGAAGAAUGGAGCAUCCAGUAUCAGCCAGAAAGCGACUCCUCCUGGCCUUGUUGGAGGAAAUAUUCAAUCUGGGUAUUUUCUCUAAUGAGACUGCAGCUAAUGGCACAUCUGCCAACAAGCGAUCAAGAAAGAAAAAGACAUUAGCUGAACUUAAAGAGGAGGAAAGUUUACUGCUAAAGGAAAGGAUGCAUUUGAAGAAAGAAUUGGCUACCUUGCGUGUAACACUAAAGGAACAGAAGGACAGAAGUGAGAAUUUGAAGAGACUCAAGCUCGAUCUUCAUAUACAAUCAGCAAAGAAGAGGGCAGCAACAUCAGAUGAGCCAGAGGCAACAAAUUUGGGUCAAUCCUAUCUGGUGGACGUUUCUUCUCUGGGACAUGUGUCAGUCCUGCGGACAAUUACCAUGCCUGCUCAUCACCAAGCAGCUGCUCCCUGCAAUGUCAAAAAGGAAGCUGAGACCAGAGAAAGAUGCUUCAUUCUUCCUGACCUAAAUGCAAUGCCAUCUGAAGAGGACUCGAGCUGCGAGACUCCAUAUGUGGCAAGCUGAUGAGAGACAACCCUGUUGUUUCUCUUUUCUAUCUGAAGCAAGUUGGCUGUGGACCAGAAAGGGGCGGGCUUAUUGUCUUGGUUCAAUAAAGGCAGCGCGCUCACUCACUGGUCUUGAAUUUGCUUGCAAAUGGCCGAGAGGAGUUACCUGUAAGUAUAGAAGACCUCCUGCCCGAACAUGCGAAAUUAGCAGUUGCAAUCGCCAUCCUUGCAGAGAAGGUUUCAGGAUGAUAGUGUAGAGAUGAUCUUUAGCUUUUAGCAGUGGCGACGUGUAGAAAAUUUGGAGGUGGUGCAGGUAGGUUUCCUGUGUUCUGGGAACCUUCCAUCGCAUCAAAGACAGAUUUAAAAAACAAGCAUGUCUUUAUUCUUUCGCAUGCAUAUAAUAGUUAGUUUGAUGAUAUUGUUCCAAGUACGUACCACUACCACUACCACUACCCCUACAUAGAAAUCUUGUUUCACAGAUUUAUUUUGCUCC